AUGACCUCGCCAACACCACUAAAGCCAGGCCCAGGUGUCCUCCUCGACCCCACAAAGAGCUAUCUCAACAGUGGCCCUUACUCGUCCACGUCCAACGCCAGCUCUCGCACCAGCAGCGAGGCUUCAUUGCAACGCGUCAAGAACCUCCCCGGUUACACCACCCCAGUCUUCAAGGGAAAGGAAGAACAAAGAGCAAAGGUCCAAGCCAAUGUCGCCAACAAGGGAUUCAUUCCUCGCGAGUUAGUCGCGAACGAGGUUAACUGGUUCUACUCGCACCUCGGUAUCGACGAUACCUACUUUCAGAACGAGUCUCCGUCUGUUAUCUCUGACCACAUCCUCGCGCUCUUCGGUGCAAAGGUCCUCGCAUACACCAAGCAUGACCCGAACCAGCUCGUCAUUGACCUCGAGAAGAUCGACGAGAAAGGCAAUGGUGCGACUUUCAUCCACACCAGCGCUCCGGGUUUAACUUCUACCGAGGGCCCGGGUGCAACUUGCGAGUCUCGCAUCGAUUCGUUGUAUCUGGACGGUUCUACUCCCUCGAAUGCUUACCGUUUAGAGACUUUCCGUUCAACUGGUUCCAUCUCUGCGACUGCUUCGCAGCAGCUUCGUUGCUACUUUGUCACCAAAUGCUGGUUCCCAUCCCCGGCGCCUCCCUCUACUCGCACUGAUGGCCGCACUGAUAUUCGGAGCGUCUCCGAUCCUGUCUUCCUCGAGAAAGCGACCGAAAAUACUCUCGAAAUUUACCAGCAGAUUCUGUGGAAUGUCGAGAGCCGUUAUGGUCCUGUCAUCGAAGUGUUCGAGGUCGAGGGUACACGCGAGAGGCGUCUUGUCAUUGGAUACAAGAUGGGCGGAACAUCGCGUUUCUUCAGCGCUCUCUCCAACCUUUACCACUUCUACUCGUUGUACUCGGCGCGUAAAUACGUGGAACAGUUCUCUAAUGGGAUUACCAUCAUCUCCCUCUACCUCAACCCGCUGCCCAACUCCAAUGCAGCCCCGAUCGAGCACUCGAUUUUCCAAGUCAUGAAAGAAGCCUCCCUCUUGUUCUGUCUCCCCGAUAAUCCCUUCUUCCUUCCAACUAACAGCCAUGCAGUUCAAGAAGCGACGUAUGCCUACUGUGGUUGGGUAUUCGCACAGCACUUCUGUAACCGACUCGGUCCGGCGUACCUCCAUCUUAAGAAUAUCCUGGAUGAGACAAACCCAUCUCAUGCUGAAGUCCUCAAUGACAUCAAGCGUCGCUUCAGAGAAGAGACUUUCACGCGUGAGAGUAUCGCGCAGGUCAUUCAUGCGCACCCUGAGCUUAUUCGGUUACUAUAUGUAAACUUCGCGAUGGUGCAUUACCCUGCUGCGGACGAGGCGUCUCAGUUGAUGCCGACGCUGUCUUACCAACGUCUUCAGACGACACAACCUCUCUCGGAUGCAGAAUUGUACGACAGAAUCAGGCGCUCGGUGAUCAACAAGCAAGAUCUACAAGUCCUUGAGAGUUUUCUCAUCUUCAACAAACACGUUCUCAAGACGAACUUUUACCAGCCAACAAAGGUCGCAUUGUCUUUCCGCCUCGCGCCUGACUUCUUGCCCGAGGUUGAGUACCCAAAGAAGCCUUUUGGCAUGUUCAUCAUCAUCGGGAACGAGUUCCGCGGAUUCCAUAUUCGCUUCAGGGAUGUUGCAAGAGGUGGUAUCCGAAUUGUGAUGUCUCGAAACAAAGAAAACUACUCUAUUAACCAGAGGAUGUUGUUCGAUGAGAAUUACGGGCUGGCUUCUACGCAGUCGCUGAAGAACAAGGAUAUCCCGGAAGGCGGAGCCAAGGGAACGAUUCUACCUUCGUUGGGAGCAAGUCCAAGGCUAUGCUUCGAGAAAUAUGUAGAUGCUGUCAUAGACCUUCUUAUCCCCGGGCAGAGCCCCGGUAUCAAAGAGCGCCUAGUUGAUCUGUACAACAAGCCUGAGUUGCUUUUCUUUGGUCCAGAUGAGGGCACUGCCGACAUGAUGGACUGGGCUGCACUGCAUGCCCGCGACCGUGGUGCUGAGACCUGGUGGAAGUCGUUUACUACUGGAAAGAGUGCCGAAACGCUUGGUGGUGUCCCACAUGAUACGUACGGUAUGACAUCACUGUCAAUCAGGCAAUACGUCCUGGGCAUAUACAAGCAACUGGGUCUGAGGGAAAAAGACAUCACGAAGGUGCAGACUGGUGGUCCUGAUGGCGAUCUUGGAUCCAAUGAAAUUCUCCUAAGCUCUGAUAAAACGGUGGCUAUCAUCGACGGUAGUGGCGUCCUCGCUGAUCCAGCUGGUCUCAAUCGCGAGGAACUCAUUCGCCUUGCCAAGUUGCGUGUGCCUGUGGCGAACUUUGACAAGACGAAACUCAGCAAAGAUGGAUAUCUAGUAAAGGUAGAAGAUCAAGAUGUUAAACUUCCUUCCGGAGAAAUCGUCCUUGACGGAACUGAUUUCAGGAACGGUGCACAUCUACGAUUCAAAGCUGAUUUGUUCGUGCCUUGUGGUGGCCGUCCUGAAGCCGUGAACAUCUCUAAUGUGGCUGCACUUAUCGACGCAGAGGGCAAGCCUCACUUCAAAUACGUCAUUGAAGGGGCCAACUUGUUCUUUACUCAACAGGCAAGAAUGUACUUGGAGAAACGCAAGGUUGUCUUGUUCAAAGAUUCAAGUACCAACAAGGGUGGUGUAACAAGUUCUUCACUCGAAGUCUUAGCUGGCUUGGCGCUUGCUACUCAAGACUACGUCGACCUCAUGAUUUUCAAAGACGGAAAGCCAUCUACUUUCUAUCAAAGCUACGUCCGAGAUAUCCAGACGAAGAUCACCGAGAACGCCGCGGCCGAGUUCCAGUGCAUAUGGCGCGAGCACUCAAGGUUGCAGGGUGCCAAAGCACGCACGCAGAUCUCCGACGAGCUUUCGAGCACACUGAACAACUUGCAGGCGGAGCUAGAGAGUUCCGAUCUAUUUGAGGAUGUUCCAAGCAGGAAGGGUGUGAUGAGGCGCGCUAUGCCUAAGACACUGGUGGAAAAAGUUGGACUUGACGCACUGUUGGAGAGGCUUCCUGAACCAUACCAGCGGGCAUUGUUCUCCAGCUGGGUGGCUUCGCAUUUCAUUUACAAAUAUGGUGUUAAUGGCUCUAGUGUCGAUUUCUUCCAUUUCGCUCGUGACCUUUCCAACUAG